AUGUGGGAACUGCGGUCUGCCUCCUUCUGGAGGGCCAUAUUCGCUGAGUUCUUUGCCACCCUCUUCUAUGUCUUCUUUGGGCUGGGAGCCUCACUGCGUUGGGUCCCUGGACCCCUGCAUGUCUUACAGGUGGCUUUGGCCUUUGGCCUGGCUCUGGCUACACUGGUGCAGACUGUGGGCCACAUCAGUGGAGCCCAUGUCAAUCCUGCAGUCACUUUUGCCUUCCUUGUGGGCUCUCAGAUGUCCCUGCUUCGUGCCUUCUGCUAUAUGGCAGCCCAGCUACUGGGAGCCGUGGCUGGGGCCGCUGUGCUGUACAGUGUUACCCCACCUGCCAUCCGAGGAAACCUAGCACUUAACACGUUGCACGCUGGGGUAAGCGUGGGCCAGGCCACCACUGUGGAGAUCUUCCUGACGCUCCAGUUCGUGCUCUGCAUCUUUGCUACGUACGACGAGAGGCGGAAUGGCCGGCUGGGCUCUGUGGCUCUGGCUGUUGGCUUCUCCCUCACUCUGGGCCACCUCUUUGGGAUGUAUUAUACUGGUGCAGGGAUGAAUCCCGCCCGAUCCUUUGCUCCUGCCAUUCUCACCCGGAACUUCACCAACCACUGGGUAUAUUGGGUGGGUCCAAUCAUUGGAGGGGGUCUAGGAAGCCUCCUCUACGACUUUCCUUUCCCUCGGCUCAAGAGUGUUUCUGAGAGACUGUCUAUACUCAAGGGUGCCAGACCCAGUGACUCCAAUGGACAACCAGAGGGCACAGGGGAACCUGUUGAACUGAAGACCCAGGCUCUGUAA